AUGCACGCCCGCUCGGAAGGGACCUUUCGCUCUGCUCCCGCUGAGCCAGAGAACCCGCUGCGGGUGGAAGGGCGGGAGCCGGAGCCGGAGCCGGAGCCGGAGCCGGAGCCCCAGCCGGAGCCCCAGCCGGAGCCCCAGCCCGAGCCUGCCAGCCAGGGCUCCCGGGCCGGCGACGACAUCGAGAUCGUGGUCAACGUGGGGGGCGUGCGGCAGGUGCUGUACGGAGACCUCCUCAGCCAGUACCCCGAAACCCGGCUGGCAGAGCUCAUCAACUGCCUGGCGGGGGGCUACGACACCAUCUUCUCCCUGUGCGACGACUAUGACCCCGGAAAGCGCGAGUUCUACUUCGACAGGGACCCCGACGCCUUCAAGUGUGUCAUCGAGGUGUACUACUUCGGGGAGGUCCACAUGAAGAAGGGCAUCUGCCCCAUCUGCUUCAAGAACGAGAUGGACUUCUGGAAGGUGGACCUCAAGUUCCUGGACGACUGCUGCAAGAGCCACCUGAGCGAGAAGCGCGAGGAGCUGGAGGAGAUCGCGCGCCGCGUGCAGCUGAUCCUGGACGACCUGGGCGUGGACGCGGCGGAGGGCCGCUGGCGCCGCUGCCAGAAGUGCGUCUGGAAGUUCCUGGAGAAGCCCGAGUCGUCGUGCCCCGCGCGCGUGGUGGCGGUGCUGUCCUUCCUGCUGAUCCUCGUCUCCUCGGUGGUCAUGUGCGUGGGCACCAUCCCGGAGCUGCAGGUGCAGGACGCGGAGGGCAACCGCGUGGAGCACCCGACGCUGGAGAACGUGGAGACGGCGUGCAUCGGCUGGUUCACGCUGGAGUACCUGCUGCGCCUCUUCUCCUCGCCCAACAAGCUGCACUUCGCGCUGUCCUUCAUGAACAUCGUGGACGUGCUGGCCAUCCUCCCCUUCUACGUGAGCCUCACGCUCACGCACCUGGGCGCGCGCAUGAUGGAGCUGAGCAACGUGCAGCAGGCGGUGCAGGCGCUGCGCAUCAUGCGCGUCGCGCGCAUCUUCAAGCUCGCGCGCCACUCGUCGGGGCUGCAGACGCUCACCUACGCCCUCAAGCGCAGCUUCAAGGAGCUGGGGCUGCUGCUCAUGUACCUGGCGGUGGGCAUCUUCGUCUUCUCCGCCCUGGGCUACACCAUGGAGCAGAGCCACCCCGAGACCCUGUUCAAGAGCAUCCCGCAGUCCUUCUGGUGGGCCAUCAUCACCAUGACCACGGUGGGCUACGGGGACAUCUACCCCAAGACCACGCUGGGCAAGCUCAACGCGGCCAUCAGCUUCCUGUGCGGGGUCAUUGCCAUCGCCCUCCCCAUCCACCCCAUCAUCAACAACUUCGUCAGAUACUACAACAAGCAGCGGGUCCUGGAGACGGCGGCCAAGCACGAGCUGGAGCUGAUGGAGCUCAACUCCGGCGGCGCGGCGGAGGGCAAGGCCCCGGGCUCGCGCGCUGACCUGGACAACCUCCCGCCCGAGCCUGCCGGCAAGGAGGGCCCGAGCUGGAGCAGCCGCCUGAAGAUCUCCCACAGCGACACCUUCGUCCCCCUCCUGGCCGAGGAGAAGCACCGCAGGACCCGGCUGCAGAGCUGCAAGUGAGGCGCCCGCCGGGAGCGAGCGGGAUGGACGGGUGGGGCGGCCGGGCAGGGCUGCCCGGAGGGACUGGCCCUCGCGCCCCAACCCUCUCCUGAACAGAACUCUGAACUCCCCUGGGCUCCUGCGAUGAGGCUGGGUAAGACGCCUUCGUGUCGCCCGGGAGCAGGUGAGGGAGGGGUGGCCGGGGGUCGCGGCAGCACGGGCGACGGAGGCCACGGCCCGGCUGACGGCAGGAGCCCCCCCGGUUCUGUACCCCUUCAAUAAAGCCUCCCGCUCCGUGUGCCC